GCAUGGCAGUGCAAAAAAAGUUUGAUUGAAUAAAUGGUCCGUGUGUGUUGAUACGUGGUGAAUUCUCAGCCGUUCAUUCUACCAAACUCUUUGCAUAAAGCAUUUACUAUUUCACUUGUUCCUGUUUAUUUACAUUUCAUCGGGAAAGGGGGUUUGUGGAUUUUGUAGUUGUAUUGUACCCCCAUAAUUUUAUUUUAAAAUCAAACAGAAUAUUCUCUCAAGAAAUGGAAACCCUCCUCUAAUGGCCACCUUUUAAGUUCUUCUUCCUCUUUCCAUUACCACAGUCCUGUAAUAAUCUUUCAUUUGCACACACAAUCUUGUAGUAAACAACUCAAUCCAUGGAUAACAAUCUCCAAGAGAGGCUGCUGCCGGAAAACAAGGGGGCUUUGACGAAAAGGGUUUACGAUGAAUCGAAGAAAGUUUGGAGGGUUGCUUUGCCCGGCUUAAUAUCGAGAGUUUCUUCUUUCGGGACUAUAGUAGUGACACAGUCUUUUAUCGGGCACGUAAGUUCCAUCGAUCUUGCCGGUUACGCCCUUGUCCAAACCCUCCUCGUUCGGUUCGUCAAUGGCGCUCUGAUAGGAAUGUCGAGUGCGACCGAAACCCUAUGCGGGCAAGCGUUCGGGGCGAAACAAUAUCACAUGAUGGGAAUAUUCCUGCAAAGGUCGUGGUUGGUCGAUCUCGUCACGCUAACAAUCUUACUCCCACUUUUUCUAUUCGGCACCGCAAUGUUCAAACUACUCGGACAAGAUUACGCGAUCGCGGAAUCCGCAGGAACUAUUGCUCUAUGGUUCAUACCGUUCUCGUACGCCCUUGUUUUUAGCUUGACGAUCCAAAUGUAUCUACAAGCCCAGCAAAAGAACUUGAUCGUCGCUUAUUUGUCGGUCCUGCAAAUCGGCGUUCACGUUCCUCUGUCUUGGGUUUUCGUCUCUGUUUUCGGGUGGGGCGUUAGCGGCGCUAUGGCGGCGCUAAGUAUUUCUUCGUGGGUUGUUGUUUUGGGGGAGUUUCUUUAUAUUUUUGGAGGGUGGUGCCCGGAUUCUUGGACAGGCUUCACUACGGCUGCGCUUAAGGAUAUUUUUCCGGUUGUCAAACUCUCGAUUGCUUCCGGUCUUAUGAUUUGCUUGGAGAUGUGGUACUAUGCCAUUCUUGUCUUGGUUGCUGGAUACAUGAAAAAUGCAGAGGUUGCGAUUUCCGCCUUCUCUAUUUGCCUCAACAUCAAUGCUUGGGAGUUCAUGAUAUGCUUGGGAGUUCUUGGUGCCGCAAUCGUUCGUGUGGCUAAUGAGCUAGGAAGAGGAGAUGCUAAAGCUGUGAAAUUCUCCAUUAAAGUGAUCUUGUCAACUUCGACUUUAAUAGGGCUCGUAUUUUGGAUUCUUUGCUUAGUAUUUGGAAACAAACUCGGGUAUUUAUUCACCGACGACGAAGAAGUUGCAAAGAGUGUGGCCGAUUUGUCUAUUCUGCUUGCUUUCUCGGUUUUGUUCAAUAGCAUUUAUCCAGUGUUCUCAGGUGUAGCAGUUGGAGCAGGAAUGCAAGCUACGGUUGCGGUUAUAAACAUCGUUUGCUUCUAUAUUAUUGGAUUGCCGGUUGGACUUCUGCUUGGAUACGUCGGUCAUCUUCAAGUUAAGGGCUUAUGGAUUGGAAUGAUAUGUGGGGUUGUGGCCGAGACAUUUGCACUGAGUUUCAUGAUGUGGAGAACAAAUUGGGAUGAAGAGGUACUAAAAGCUUCGACUCGCCUGCGGAAGUGGUACCUUAAAUCUCCAGAAGAGGCGAACCGAAAGUCUGAUGAAGCUUGAGUUUCGAAUUUCUUGGAUGAUAUUAAAUUCGAAAUUUUUAGUAUGCAAAUUUCGUUUUUUUUUCGUGAUAAUUUUCCGAGCCCAUUUUCUGAAGGGUAUUUUUGUAACUUGAAAGCUGCCUCACUGUUCAAUUGUAGUGGGAGCUUCAAGAUUAAGAAUUAUCUCUUUAAUUAUUUUUCUAUUGGUGUUGAUUUAGUUAGCAAUUUAUGCUAAUGUUUUCAUACAAUAUGCUUUCUUUUUUGAGGUCUUUUGAUAUUUUU